UUCUGCACCGGCGGGGCGGACGGAGUUGGAGGAAAAUGGCGGACGGUGUGGAUCAUAUCGACAUCUACGCCGAUGUCGAGGAGGAAUUUAGCCAGGAACCGGAGUACCCCCCUCAUGAGCAGAUCGAUUUGUACGAUGACGUAAUAUCCCCCUCAGCCAAUAACGGAGAUGCUCCGGAAGACCGCGACUACCUGGACUCGCUCCCCGCCCCGGGGGGCUCCGAAGGGGGGAAGAGCGCCCCACCCAAUGUGGUUUACACCUACACAGGCAAAAGGAUUGCCCUGUACAUAGGAAACCUGACAUGGUGGACAACAGACGAAGACCUGACAGAAGCUAUUCGGUCAAUAGGCAUCUCAGAUGUUCUUGAGAUCAAGUUCUUUGAAAACCGGGCUAAUGGCCAGUCUAAAGGGUUUGCCCUAGUGUGUGUCGGUUCUGAGGCAUCGUCCAGAAAGUUAAUGGACCUGUUGUCCAAGAGGGAGCUCCAUGGACAGAAUCCCAUCGUCACACCAUGCAAUAAACAAUCUCUGAGUCAGUUUGAGAUGCAGUCACGUAAAAAUUGCACAGGUACCCAGUCGGGCCAGAUGUCUGGGGAAGGUAAAGCCGGGCCUCCGGGCUCAGGCUCCCGCGGCGGAUUCCCGAUGGGCAGCCGCAGCAAAGGCAGGUUCCCUGGACCCCCUGGUCCUGGAAAUGACCGCUUCCCCGGCCCUGUGGGGCCCGGAGGCCCGCCACCACACUUCCCAGGCUCGGGAAUGAGACCAGAUCUGGUUAGCCACCAUGAUGGCCCUCUGAUGGAAAUGAAUUUCAAUCCCUUCCCGCCGGGGGGCAGGAACGGGAGCUGGCAUAGCAGAGGUGGGAUUCAGGGACCUCCUCGCCCUCCUCCGGGCCCUCCUGGCCCCCCAGGGCCUCCAGGUCCUCCACCUCCUGGCCAAGGCCUUCCUCCUCCUCUGCCAGGCCCCCCGAAUCGUGGCGACAGGCCUCCCCCACCUGUUCUCUUCCCUGCUCAGUUCGGUCAGCCACCGCUUGGACCUCUCCCUCCAGGCCCCCCACCUGCAGGUUACGUCCCCCCUCCUGGUCCUCCACCUCCUCAUCAGGGCCCGCCUCCCCCAGGACCCUUUCCUCCUCGGCCUCCAGGCCCUAUUGGACCUCCGUUGGCUUUGGCUCCACCCCCACACUUGCCAGGCCCUCUUCCAGGUGGGCCACCACCAGCUCCUCAUGUGAACCCCGCCUUCUUCCCUCCGCCUGGAGGGAACAACAUGCCCCCCAACGACAGCCGAGGCCCCCCAGGGCCAAACGACCUGUACGGACGGCCGCCGCCAUAUGAUUCUAGAGAUUACGGUCCUGGACGAGGAGACAUGGAGUCAUCACGGGGCCCUUUGAAUGAGGCCGAGUUUGAAGAGAUCAUGAACAGGAACAGAGCCAUCUCCUCCAGCGCCAUUUCCAGGGCCGUGUCUGAUGCCAGCGCAGCUGAUUAUGGCAGUGCUAUAGAGACUUUGGUGACGGCCAUCAGUCUGAUCAAGCAGUCCAAAGUUUCUGCAGACGACCGCUGCAAAGUCCUCAUCAGUUCCCUGCAGGACUGUCUCCAUGGCAUAGAGUCGAAGAGCUACGGCUCUGUAUCUAGAAGAGAACGCUCCCGAGAACGCGACCACAGCCGCUCCAGAGAAAAGAGCCGGCGACACAAAUCCCGCAGUCGAGACCGGCACGAGGAUUAUUACCGAGAGCGCAGCCGGGAGCGCGACCGCCACCGUGAGAGGGACCGGGACAGAGAUCGUGAACGAGAGAGGGAGAGGGAGUACCGGCACCGCUAGAUGUCAGGGCAGCUCACGUGGAUCAAGGAUGGAAGGAAAAGGAGGAACGCUCUCAGUACACCAUCACCCUGCAUGACCGGACAGGACUACAACUACCAGCUCUUCCUGCACCCCCCUCCAUGUCUCCUCUCUUUUCCUCCUUCACCCAUCUCCCUCUCUCUGUUGUCUGCCUGACUAAGAGCAGUGGAUGGAGGACCCUCAUCUAUGUAAGGCUUUUGUCCAAAUGUCUAUAUUCAUAACUAAAGAUGAAAGAAAACUUUCCAAGCAGUUCUUUUGUUUUUGUUUUGUUUGACAUAAAGACUAGUAUGUGUGAUGCUUUUUUCUUUCUUUUUUUUUUGGCAAAGAAACAAUAAAAUGCCUGUGCGACCCUUAAAAUAGAAGACAAGCAUCAAGUUCCUUUCAUUUGUUGUUUUUAUUUGGCUCGCUGUACUAUGUAAAUUCAAUAUAGGCAAGUUUUUAUAGGGUUCGUGUUUGACGUUUUCUCUCUUUCUCUCAUUCUCAUUUCUUCCUGGUUAGUAUGUUUGUAAAUGUCUGAUUUUUGAAUGAAAAACUAGAUGGUGUUGUAAUAAAAAAAUGUUUGAGGUCCACUCAUCUGGUGAAUUUCUCUACAUGUUUGUUUCAUUGAUAUUAAAUGUAUUUUUGCACUGAUUUUAUUUUUUUAUUUUUUUUACAAUCCCAAAUUUCACCAAGUAAGUGAUCCUUUUCCUUGACAUUUUGUUUCUCUUCAAAUGGAUGGGAUUUUUCCAAGGUAAGACUUCAGUAGAAUGUAUUUUCAAAUGUGAACAGACGAUACAGUGUGAACCAAAAUGGACGCUCCUAGAGGCAUUAAGGUCAUUUUUGGAAAUCACGUCGUAAAUCAAAAAAAAAAAACAACCUGCUGCCGUUUGCUGCGCUGCUUCACAUGUAAUUAUGCUGGAUCGUUGUUACCAAAAGUGAUGAAGACAAAAUGUUUGUGGUACGUUUUCAUCAUAGUGAGCAAUAUUGUUGCGUUAAUUGAUGACCCGUUUUCUUUUAGUCCAUUGUUGUAAAAACUGGUUAGUGUUGAAUGCAAGUUCGAAGAGAUGUUUACAUUCUCUCAUUUUCAUGGAUUGUCAUUAAUUUGGAGUUUUUUCUGGAUGUUUUUUGAGCAUUUUUUUGCUGAGCUUUUUGUACAACAAAAUCAGAUUCUUUAGUCAUCCAUCAGCUGCUGGCAUAAUUCUGAUUAAAUAUAUAUAUCAGCUCUUACUGGAAAUCAUUUGAAUUAGUUUAUUUCUUGUCAUGGAGCUUUUAAUCAUAGUGCAUUAAUUUUCAACAGUGUUCCAACCAAGGCUGUUUAAGAAGUUUGAUCUGAAACUAGCAUUUUGACUAAAACAUCUAGCCUUUGGUCUGUGUGAAAGUGAAAAGAUUUUAAGGUGGUUAUCUAUUCCACCCACUUACAGUGAACCACUUCUGUAGCAUAAUGCUGCCAACACCAUGCUUUACGGAAAAGUAAGCCAUUGAUGCUGUGAAUAGCUUAAUUUUUGGAGAAAUUUGUUGUUUGCUCCCAGUUAUUUCCCUUAAAACCAGUUCACGUUGUGGGAAAAAUGCUUUCAAAUGUAUCGCUAAUUCUCUAAAUUAUUGACAUCAAUGCCCAUGAUGAGUGUAUGUAAACUUGUGAUCAGAACAAUAUUACAUGCACCUGAAAUGUUUUUAAAACUCAAUGUUAAAAUGGGAUUGAUUGCCGCUUACAGCAGCCUCUCUUUCACUUCACCACCCAUCCUGUUGUGUUGCAUUUGUGUCACUGUGAUUGUCGGUUUGUCUUAUAUACCUUUUUUUUUUUACGUUUAAGGAAAUGCUUUUAAGAAGUUCUGCUUUUUUUUGUCUUUAUUUACACUGUCAGACCAAAUUUUGAAUUGCGACGUAAAAUAGCUGUAUUUGUUUCAAUAGAGGUUUACUUUUUGAAUUGUAAGUAAUAUAAAAUAAAAAUUGUAAAAAAUUACUAAUCCAUGUUAAGAAUCUAGAGCUGCUCCAUCCGUGUCUCAAAAUAUAGUAAGUUUUUUCCUUUUUACUUAAGUCACAUAUCCAUAUAGGCAGAUGUUAUAAGAGGGGGGAAACAUAAUUUUGUUGUAUUUGGAUUUUAAUCUCCACUUGACAUUGCCUACUGUUAUCAUCUCACCCUAAUUUUAUUUUUGACAUAAUCUGAGAGCUUACAUUUCAAGUGUUAUCUGGGGGAAAGAUUGCUCGUGACAAUUUGGGCGCAAACAGUGUAUCCUGAUGUUGCUCUUGCAGAAUGUUUUUCGUCGGUGUGUUGUAUUGUGUUUUGUACUCACAAAUGUUCAUAUUCUCUUAUGACCCUGUUAACUCUGUUAAUAGUAAUGGAGACGGGUGUAUUAGAUUUUUAGUGAACCGGUAAGUAGAAUUUUUAUUUAUUUAUUUUUAUACUUGCGUCAGAAAUUUGGUAAAUGUUUUUAUCGUUUACUGACAAUGGAACUUUAAUCAAAACAGAAAAUCUUAAAGUGAAAUUGUUCAAAUAUGAUUAGCUUAUGUUUUUGUCCUGUUAUAUUGUUUCUAAAGAAAAUAAUCUAAAAUUGGUUUUAAUCUACAUAACCAUGUUAAGAGCAGAAAGACAAAAAUCCUUUGAGUUUUGGUUAAAGUGUUGGUCAGUUUUGUGCCAACCUUUUUCCACAGCAUAAAGGUAAGUGUUGCCAGGUCUGCCUGCCCUGGAGAAGAAGUAAGGAGGAGCUGCUUCGAGAAAGACCACUACACAAAACAAAACAUGAAAAGUAACCUUUUUAAUGUUUUCAAUUUAAGUUAAAUUUAACUUAUUGUUUAUAUUUAAUAGUCUUAUUUGAACUAACCAUGUUUUCUCCCUAGAACAGAAUUGGGAAAUAAGUGGGCAAUUAAAAAGCUCCGAUUUUCACAUGAUCUUUCUCAUAAUACAGUUCAGUGUGGGAGGGUUUGGGAUACUAUUGGUUAUUUAUUGUGAAACCUAGUUGGGAUGAGGUAUUUGCCAUAGGAACACAGUGGUGGUAGAUUCACAUUGCUGAUUUUUACUAAUAAAAUUAUUUUGCAUUCA